UAUUUGUAUAUGUAUAUUUUUUUUAUAGAUAAAAAGAGAGAGAGAAUGGUGUAGUCUAGUCACUCAAUCAAAUCAUGGAGGAGUUUUUGAGGUCCAUUUCAAGGUUUUCUUGAACCUUUUUCUAGUUCUGCAUCCUGUUAUUUUGGUCAUAACUUAAGAUGGAUUUCUCAGAAUCUACAAAAAUCGUAUACGACAGGAUUCAAAAGAUCGAACCCGAGAACGUGUCCAAGAUUAUCGGGUAUCUUCUUUUACAGGAUCAUGGGGAGAGAGAGAUGAUAAGAUUAGCCUUUGGCCCUGAUAAUUUAAUCUACUCCUUGAUCAAUAAGGCAAAAACCCACCUGAAAUUACCUUCUAAUACAUCCGCUGGUCAACUCCUUUCGCCUCCUAACGCCAAUUCCAUCCCUGAAAUGCCGAUACACUUUACACCGUUCUCUCCUUCACACCGGCAUUCACCAUUGACUAUUCAAGUGCCUACCCGUUGUUGUGAUCCCCAUGAUCAACCGGUUGACUAUGUUCCUAUGGUUUAUCCUGCUUCUUAUCCAGAAGAUUAUCGUCUUCACAACCAUCUUCGUUUCAUGUCAUUAGAAGAUCAAGUUGAGUCUCUUAACAGCCCGGAUUUUUCGUCCAAUAAUUACCACUCAUCUGAGCCCGCAUUGGGUCCUAGAGCGAAUAGGAGGUCUCCAAGUUUGCCUGAAUUCCCUUUCAAAGUUUGCCAUUACUUUAUUAAGGGGUUUUGUAGACACGGAAGCAACUGUAGGUACUUGCAUCCGACCCCUGAAACCUUCUCCCAAAUUUUUAGCCCGAGUUUGAGUGACGAUGAUCACAUGUUUUCACCUGGGUCUCUUGAUACACUAGAGUUAGAGCUCACUGAGCUCUUGAAAUCCAGAAGAGGGUUCCCUGUGUCGAUAGCUUCUUUACCAAUGAUAUAUUAUGAAAAGUUCGGUAAGACACUUCAGGCUGAGGGAUAUUUAACCGAGAGCCAGAGACAUGGCAAAGCUGGUUAUAGUUUGACCAAGCUUCUGGCACGUCUUAAGAGCAUUUGUCUCAUUGAUAGGCCUCAUGGGCAACAUGCAGUCGUUUUGGCUGAUGACUUAGCGAAAUGCAUUGAUCAUAACGGAGAUAGAAAUGAACAUGGUGGCAUUGUAGCCGGUUCUAGGCAGAUAUAUUUGACUUUUCCAGCUGAGAGUACCUUUUCGGAGCGUGAUGUUUUCAACUAUUUCAGCAAGUUUGGGCCGGUCCAUGACGUGAGAAUUCCUUGUCAGCAAAAGAGAAUGUUUGGAUUUGUGACUUUCAUGUUUGCGGAAACCGUUAGGCAUAUUUUAAAUAAGGGAAAUCCUCAUUUUGUUAGUGGUGCUCGUGUUUUGGUCAAACCCUACCGCGAAAAGUGUAAGCUUGAUGAUAGGAAACAUGGAGAUACGUUUCAUCAACACUGUUUUGAUUCCGAAUUUGGGCCUCAUUCAAUGCCCAAGACUGGUGAUAAUUCAAGGUUCAUCAAGAAGCAGUUCGUCGAUGAACAACAAGAGCAGGCAUUUGAAUUUGAGAGGAGACGUUUUUCAGAUAUGCAUUUAGCAGCAGAGGUCAAUAACCAAUCUCAACGUUUUGGAACCUCACUCGAAGAGUUGAUGCAUUCAGAAGGCAAUGGUCAUGCACAACACAUGGACUUCCCUUCAACUGAGCGUUUCAAUCAUCUUCUAGAUGUUUUUAACAAUGGUGCAACUAGUGAGGAAAAGAUUAGGCAGAUCAAUACUAAAUACAAAGAAGAGGGUAGCCAGGGACUGAAUCUUCCAGAAAGUCCGUUUGCAUCCGCAUUAGGAACUGAAAUAUCAACAGUUAUAUAGCUUCUUCAAAGAUAAAAAGAGCAGAUUUAUAGAGUUAGAGAGAUGACAGAGUAUAAAGGCCAUUUGAGAAAGUUUAAUUGAUAUAUAACGACAACAAAGUUUAUAUAGAGGAAAUAUGUUUAGGGCGACAAAGAAGGUUGCAGAAAAAGGGUACAGAAAUAUCAUCUUGAUAUAUAACUAAGUUACUGUUUUUUUAAAAGUUUUUAGAAGUAUAGCAAAGCUGCAGGAAAAAUAGGUGGCUUUAAAAUAGACAGCAACUACGUAGGGGGCGCAUUUAGAAGUUAAAAUCGCGGAAUUCUACUGCGUCUUUGGGAUAUUACUAGAUAUAUAUAGAUCUGCUAAUAAUAAACACUUAGUUUAUUAUACAAUGUUUACUGUUUUUGAGUACUUGUUCGUUGUGUUCGUAUUUUUGUUGAAGUAACCUGUUAAAGUUACGGUUACAUGCUUGUAUAUUUGUAGUGGUUUGUACCGUCGAUAGAAAAAAAGGAACACGGAAUGUGAUAUGGUAUUUGCAUUGUUGGUUGAUAGCUUAGAAUCAAACCAAAGGUAAUAUACUCAUAUGGCCUAGUGGUAUCAAGAUUUAUUGAAAAUUUUAGCUGUUGCUUUGUCAAA